GGGACAUGGGACACAGGACAUGGGACAGGGGACACAGGACAUGGGAGACAGGAGAUGGGAGAUGGGAUAUGGGAUAUGGGAUACGGGAUAUGGGAUAUGGGAUACAGGAUACAGGAUAUGGGAUACGGGAUAUGGGAUAUGAGAUAUGGGAUAUGGGAUACAGGAUACGGGAGACAGGAUACG